CGUCGAUCGUGGCACCGCUUGGCAAGAUCCCGCUCAUGACCGCACCGCUCAUGGAGUUCCAUCCGUCCAUGUCGCUCGAGCACCAUGCUGCGCCGACGUCGAUCAUCAAGCAGCCAUCGCCAGCCAUAAGCUCAGGCGCACCCGACCGUCCAAGCGCUCCCGAUCCCGACCGCGUGUGGCACGACGUCAAUGACACGCUUCAUUCCCUUGCGGCGCUUGAUGCACCGCUGGCGGCGGACGACAGCGCGGCCAUCGAGAAGCUCCAGCAGCUCAAGAAGCUCCACUCGAUCUGCCACUCACGCGAGACGCAUGUGCAGACGAUCAAGCUCGGGCUUAUGGCCGAGCGCAAUGCGUAUGUGGCCAAGCUCGUCGCACUCCAAGCGCACGCAAGGACGCUGGCCGCCGACUCGGUCGUCCGAACCACGCUGCUGCAGAGUCUGGCCAAGCUCAAGACCUCCAUCCACCAUCCUCCUUCCAACAACAGCACUUCUGGUAGUGCACAUCAUCAUCACCACCAUAGUUCGUCGACCGGUAAGAAGUAAUUCGUCAACGAAACCUCAUGGCUUGCAUGGUCUACCUACUCUUGUGGGCUCAUGCUGCCUCGUCAUCAUCGAGCGGCUCGCCAUC